CUGUUUAUGUGUAUGUACUUUUUUUUUUAAAGCUACCAAGUAGUCAAAGGUGGCUAACAGUGGUUGAAAAACGUAAAGAUUUUGUGCAAAAGUCACGUAAGUGUUGAACAAUACUUGGAGUUAUUUGGUGUGUAUUGUAGCUAGCUAAUACUUUAGCAUGUAGCCAAUGGUAGCCACUGUGACGGAUAUCUGGUCUAAAGUCGUGAUUCAAUCUUGGGCUUCUUGUGAUGGGAGUAGUCUGCAUAUGCUGUUACUAUGGUAGUGGAGGUGGAAAGUUUCUUCGGGGUGUAUAUGCUGUACUGCAUCAAUCCAAAGUUUAAGGGCCGUAUCUACAUCGGCUUCACUGUGAACCCAGAGCGAAGGAUAGGACAGCACAAUGCUGGGAGGCACAGAGGAGGGGCCAAGAGGACCAGCGGGAGAGGACCGUGGGAGAUGGUCCUCAUUAUCCACGGCUUCCCAUCUGAUAUUGCUGCUCUCAGGUUUGAGUGGGCGUGGCAGCAUCCUCAUUCCUCCAGGAGGCUUACGCAUGUAUCUCGACGCUCCAGAAAAGAAUCGAGCCUGGAAUUCCACUGGCGAGUCGUCUCCAACAUGCUGAGGGUGGCGCCAUGGAACAGACUGCCGCUAACAGCCCGCUGGCUCAAACAGGAGUACAGGAUGGACUUUGAGCCUGGCCUGCAGCCUCCCCUCCAUAUCCCCAUCACUUUUGGCACCGUAAGAGCCAAAAAGACACCCUUGCUACAGUGUCAGGACGAGGAAGAGGAGGAGGCAUCCAGGUGUUUUCUCUGUGAGAAGCAUGUCAAGGCGUCAGAGGAGCUGAGCUGUAUCCACCCUUCCUGCCGGAUGAGAAGUCAUGUAAUCUGCCUUGCCAGAUAUUUCCUGAGGUCUGAGUCAUCCCACCUUCUGCCAAUUGAGGGAGAGUGUCCUUCCUGCGACAGCUCGAUGCUGUGGGGAAGUCUCAUCCGACAUAAACACGGCUGCUUCGGAGACCUGGAGGAGGUCACGCUGUCUGCACCCCAAAGUCACUGGGCAGACGAACUGCAGAUAUGAAGAAGGGGAAGCUGUAAAGAAUUUUGAGUUUACUUCUCACUGGACAUCACAUCACUGUCAGAAGAACUGGAGCACUGCGUGGAAAGGACUGUGCUUCCAACAUGAUCUGCAGUUUGUGGCAACUGUGUCAAUGGACUGGCAUUAAUGUGGUGCUUUUCUAGUCUUACUGACUACUCAGAGCACUUUGGACUAGAAGCCACGUUUCACCAUAAGUUAUACAGCAACCUCUCAUCCACGAUCUAUUUGAACCUCCAACUCAUGCAAUCAUAGGACAAGAGGCAGGAUACACUCUUUUUGUUGUUGUUAUUAUUAGUGUUGAAUUAGGUGCGAGUGGUGUAGUGUUAGUGCUGUCUUCUCUUCGUUCCAGUCUGCUGGAGUCUGUCUGACUUUGGGAGGAAAACCACACAGGGAGAACAUGCAGAGUACACACAUAUGUAUUAAUGAAUAGUUACUUGGUGAUUCUCAGUUGGGUCUAAGUGUGGACAUGGGCGUGUGAAUGGUUGAAUCUCUGUGUUAGCCCUGUGAUGACAACAUAUCCAUGAUGUUCCUGCCUUUCCCUUACGCAGUGAUAGCAGGAGCUCCAGCCUAACUUUUGUCUUGUUUCUGUCACUUUCUCUUAAUUAUUUAAAAAGCAGAAUAAAA